AUGGAUUGGGAUCGUGUGCUUGUCGAAGUAGAAGAGAUGCUCUCUCCUCGCCUUGAAAACCUCUAUAGUGGCUUUCACUCUCACCAUGAGCAAAUCCAAGAACUAAUCCAAGUUGUUGAAUCCCUCUCCCAACAUAUUCAAACUCAUCCAAAAGGAAAACCUAAACUAUCAAUAGAUGUUGAAACCAGUUCCAAUGAAGAGCCUAAAAGGCCUCAAACUGCUCGUGUUAAUCCAAGCAGAAAGCCAGGAUUUGAUAAACCUGGCACUGCUGACCCAAAAAAUAAGAAGGCGGAAGAGGAAAAACUAAAGAAAGAAGAAGCUAAGAAAAAAGCUGAUGAAGAGAAAAAUAAAAAAGCAGAAGAAGCGAAAAAGAAAAAAGAGGAGGAGAAUAAGAAAAAGGAAGAAGCUAAGAAAAAGGCUGAGGAUGAAAAGAAAUUAAAAGCAGAGGAAGCUAAGAAAAAGAAAGAUGAAGAGAAUAAGAAGAAAGAAGAGGCAAAGAAAAAAGCUGAGGAAGAAAAAGAAAAGAAGAAACAAGAAGAAGCUGAGAAAAAACAAAAAGCUGAAGAAGCAAAAGCCAAAAAAGCUGAGGAAGCUAAAAAUAAAAAACUAGAAGAAGAAAGCAAGAAAAAGGCAGGCGAGGAAAAGAAAAAAGCUGAGGAAGCAAAGAAAAAGGGUACUGAAGAUAAAAAGAAAGAAGAAGGAAAGAAAAAAGAAGAAAGUAAGAAGAAAGUUGAAGAAAGCAAGAAAAAAGGCGAAGAAGGAAAGAAAAAAACAGAAGAACAUAAAAAGAAGGCUGGAGAAGAGAAGAAAAAGAAAGGCGAAGAAGAGAAAACUAAAACAGAAAGCCAUGAAGAGGGAAAAAAUGAGCCAGAAACAACAGAAGAAGAAAAGCAUGAAGACCCAGAAAAUGCUGAGCCUUCAAGCCAACCUGAAGAAAAUUCUGAAGAUAAAAUUCCAAAUGUCGACAAUGUUUCAGAUGCUGGAGGCUCUCCAAUUGAGCCAGCAAAUGCGGAAGAUUUACUUAUUGAAAAUAAUGAUCUACCGCAAGAAAACAACCAAGACUCAGCUCCAGAAGAAAAUAAAGAAUCAACAUCAACAGAAGAAUCAAAAGAAUCCAGUCCAGUAGCCAAGCCUACAACUUCAACUUUAUCACUCGAAGAAAUUGAUAAGCUUAUUGCAUCGUUGACGGAGAAUCACUCUAUUGAUGAGCUAACAACUGGAAAGCCAUUUGAGCUUUCUGUAGGAGCUAAAAGUGCCCUUUCUCUAUUAACUACAAUGGAUGACGACAAAUUCUACCUCGAUCGCUAUCCAAGGUCAGAUGUAGUUUGGGCUUGGAGGAUUUUCUUCCAAUUGCUUGGUCAGAGCUUGCCUGAAGAUGACAGCAAAGCAUGGGAUGAGUGCAGGAAGUUCCUUAUUGAUUCUAGAAAUAAGGAAAAAAAUAAGAAAACUGUCGAUAAGAUUUUCAAUGAAAAAGUAACGGAAUUUGAUUUUUCUGAUGAAAAUAUCGAUAAAUUAGAAGAAAUCAUAGGAGGACGUGAAUCGACGCUAAAUCCUCAGUAUUUCACUGAUUUCUGCGCACUUACUGGACUCUUGAUGUUUUCAGUGAGGGAGGCUGCUCUAUUUGGUGGAGCAAUCAAAGGGAAAAUACCACUUUGGAGACAAUAUAAACGACUCAUACAUAAAAAGCAAAAGAUUGAAGGAAACACUAAUUAA